AUUAGGAUCAGAGGCCAUAAGGGCGGAGAAGGUGGCGAGGAAGGUGUCGGGUAAGCGGAGAGCGGCGUCUGAUGGCCCUCCUUCCCCGCCGAUCCUCCAUUGUUUUACCAACUCUUCUCCAGUUUCCGCCAUCUAUCGCACCCAUGACGGUGAUUUAUGAUAACAACACAUCGCCCAUGAGUGUCACAACAAGUGGUGGCAUUCGAAGUGGUGAUGGUGUGAGUGACAAUGAAGAUGCAGAACCCAUGACCACAAUACUCCUCUCUCACUCCUCUGGAGGGGUGGGAGGAGGAGGAGGGGGGCGACGGAAAAAAGAAUCUACAGCUCGAUACAACAAUGAGCGGGAGAUGUGCCUUCAGUAUUUUGAAAAAUGGAGUGAGCAAGAUCAGUUAGAAUUUAUGGAGCAUUUAUUAUCACGAAUGUGCCACUAUCAACACGGACACAUUAAUGCCUUUCUAAAACCAAUGCUUCAAAGAGACUUUAUUACUCUUCUUCCAAAAAAAGGUCUAGAUCAUGUAGCAGAAAAAAUAUUAGGUUAUUUAGAUGCUAAAUCACUACGAGAAGCAGAGUUAGUUUGUAAAGAAUGGCAUCGUGUUAUUGCUGAUGGUCUCCUAUGGAAGAAACUAAUAGAAAGAAAAGUACGCACAGAUCCUCUUUGGAGAGGGCUUUCAGAAAGAAAGGGAUGGGGUAUGUAUCUGUUCAAACCAAGGCCGGGUGAGCAGCAUCCAGGGCACUCUUACUAUCGUAAGCUUUACCCUAAGAUAAUUCAGGAUAUACAAACUAUAGAAGCCAACUGGAGAAUGGGUAGACAUAAUUUACAAAGGAUAAACUGUCGUUCAGAAAAUUCUAAAGGUGUCUACUGUUUACAGUAUGAUGAUCAGAAAAUUGUAUCUGGUCUUCGGGACAACACAAUCAAAAUUUGGGAUCGUACCUCGCUGCAGUGUUACAAGGUACGAGGGGUGUUGACGGGGCACACAGGGUCAGUUUUAUGUUUGCAGUAUGAUGAGCGUGUAAUUAUCAGUGGGUCUUCAGACUCUACAGUUAGAGUAUGGGAUGUUAACACUGGAGAUAUGACCAAUACGCUUAUCCACCACUGUGAGGCUGUUCUUCACUUACGCUUCAACAAUGGAAUGAUGGUUACUUGUUCGAAGGAUAGAUCUAUUGCUGUUUGGGACAUGGUGUCCCCAACUGAAAUUAAUUUAAGACGUGUACUAGUGGGUCACCGAGCGGCUGUAAAUGUUGUUGAUUUUGACGAGAAGUACAUAGUUAGUGCAUCUGGUGACAGAACUAUAAAGGUAUGGAGCACAGGAACGUGUGAAUUUGUACGUACGUUAAAUGGACACAAAAGGGGUAUUGCGUGUCUACAGUAUCGGGACAGACUAGUUGUCAGUGGUUCCUCAGAUAAUACUAUAAGGUUAUGGGACAUUGAAUGUGGAGCAUGUCUGCGGAUACUUGAAGGUCAUGAAGAAUUAGUCCGCUGCAUUAGAUUUGACAACAAGAGGAUAGUGUCUGGUGCAUAUGAUGGGAAAAUAAAGGUGUGGGAUCUUCAAGCUGCAUUAGAUCCCCGUGCUCCUGCCGGCACCCUCUGUCUUCGAACUCUAGUGGGGGAGCAUUCUGGUAGAGUGUUUCGAUUGCAGUUUGACGAGUUCCAGAUAGUGUCCUCUUCUCACGAUGACACUAUCCUCAUCUGGGAUUUUCUUAAUUGCUCCCCGCCAGAAUCAUCUGGGCCUCCUGGUGGCCGAGGCUCAUCGCCCACUGUAGACGCAAGCUAAUGCAAUGGGGACAUAGUACAGUUAGCUUGAUUUGUGUUUCACUGAAAUCUUCAGAUUGUUUGGUAUCAAGGGACAAGAGCUGAAAAGUUCAAAGUCUAUGAGAUGCCUCUGCAGCUUUGACCAAGACUUGAGUGAUGGAAACUCGAGUGCUACAAAGAAACUAUAUACGAGUGCCAGUGUAUAAUGUUUGUUGUCAAGCACCCACUUGUACACUAGAUGCACUGGACUUGCAAGUGUCGAGCGCAAAUAUGACACCUCUGCCCCCUGUCCCGUCCAUACUACUGUGGUGUGAUAGGCAGACUAGAUCACAUUGGUGCAUAGCCAGACAAGGGUUAAGUGUACCAGUUCAUGUAACAGUUCUAGUACCCUCUACCUUCACUUCAACUUAAAGCUUUAGUUAAAUUAUAACAAUGGAAUAAGUCUAAAGUUAUUAGUCUUGUGAUCAUUUGUGAGGGUACUUCAUCAAAUAUGUAAGGCCAAUUUUGGGCUACAGAAAAAAAACUGUUAGUGAUAUAUUGCCCAACGUAAUGGGUAAUACUCGUUCCAGUACAGCCUUCUACUUCUGGUUAUUUUCUCACUUCAUUUAUAGAUACCAGGCAUCUAACAAUAAAAAGAAAAGGAACUCGCAAUUUCAGUAUUUGUCAUUCUAGUGUAAUGUGUCUACAUUGGAUGUUGUGUGUAAACAGGAAAAAUAAAAAUAUAUAAUUGAUCUCAAAACUCCAGCUAGCCCAGUGACUCCUGUACUUCUGCAGGAACAAAAUUUAUGGAAUAGUUAAUUAAAAGAUUAAGGAGCCACUGUACAGACAGUACAAAACACUGUUAACCAAGGCAGUGCUUGUUCAUCACGUCUGGUAUUUUGUGCAAUAUUUCCAACACAUCAAAUCCUGUAUUCAUCAGGGAGGUCUUAAAUGCCAGUUAUAAAAAUAUGUAAGUAUAUUACCAAAAGAGCUUUUAUGGGCAUCAAACUUAAUAUCAUGUAAGUGGGUGAAGCUUUACCAAAAUCAAUAUAACAUGUCUUUAUUCAGUAGAUUAGAGCUUUACAUUUAUCAGAUUUAGGCAUUUUUAUAACUGUAAUUAAAAGUGACAAGGAAAAUGCAGCCCAACACAUGGAAAUAUAUUCACAAAAAUCUUUCUUGUUUAUUACACAUUGCUAAUAAAGAAAGUUUUGGUUAGUGAUAAAAAGCUUAAAACUAUGACAAGGGUAACUUCUUUUCCCUUCCCCGAUUAUUAUUUUUUUGAGACAUUCAGCAAGAUCAAUCUAUUGCUCGUUUUCGAGACUUGGGUCUUGUCCACUGCUGACAUCAUGUAUACUGUGAUUUUAUUUUCAUAUCUAUGCUCCCACCCUAAUUUUUAUGAAGGAAAAUGCAUUAUUCAUCCAAAAAUAAAUAAUAUAUAUAUAUUAUAUAAUAUAUUUAUAUAUAGUAUAUAUAUAUAAAUAUACAGUACAGUAUAUGUAUAUGGAAGAGUGGAAGUAUAACUGCAGAGUAAGUGAUGUACAGUACAUGGGGCCAAUUUGGUUGUUGAGAUUUUUCAUUCCGAUCUUUACUAAUGAUGUCUCUGGUAAUUUUUUUAAUUCUAUAUUGACCUCUUUUUCAUCUGGCACAUUGAGUAUUACUAGAGUAUAUAUAUCCUUAACGUUAUGAGGAUUCAGUUGCAUUUGUUUUACCGAGAUGCCUCUAUUGUCUCCGAAGAUAUGCAGUAUGUAUGUGUCUUGAAAUGAUUUUAUUGGGGGUGUGGAUAAUCUGUUCACUGCUAGGAAAUACUUUUAUUUUUUUUUUUUUAAUUUGAAGUUGGUCAGUUGGACCAGUUAUUUGGUUGUGAGACAAUGACUGACACAGGAAUUUAAAGUGAAACAUUGUGUACACGUUUGUUGUCGAUAGUGUUUGCAUAUAUGCCAGCAUUUUUCCUUAUUUGCAAGUAAGUAACUUUUUUUUUAUGUUGUACAGUGAAUGAUUUGGUCAUUUGAUUUGAGAUUCAAAUUCAUUUUGAAUUUGAGCAAUAAUGCUCGUAUUUAAACUGAAGCCUUUGUUCACACUAUUUUAUUUGAAUGAAAUAUAUGGGCAUGUUUGUUGGCUUAAAAUAUUACACUUCUCUUACUGUCUCUCAUAGAUUCCUUCACUAAUCUUACCCAAGUGACUGUUAGGACAUUUAUUCCUUUUAUAAAUCUGCACAUUUUCCUUUUAGAUUAUCAUUACACUUAAUUUAACAUUUGGUUAGUUCUGUUUUUAUUUAUUUAUUUAUUUAUUUUUUAAUUCAGUGCUUUCGUGUUAAUGAUAGCCAAUCCUUUUAAAGGUGGAUGGAUGUUCUUGUAUGUACAUUUUAUGUUCACAUAUUUUGCAGAUAUAUCUGACAUUGAUAGUUUUAUAAACCUUAAUGAAAUUCUUCACAUAGGGAGAAAAUUUAACCGAACUUUAUUUCAAUUUCAAAAGUAAUUGAAGUACAGUUCAUCAUGUUUUCUUAAUUUUUCCUUUUUUUUUCAUUAGCAUUAUAAAGAUUUACUACAAGCACUUUUAAAUAAAAAAUAUUAGAAGAUGCAUCAUUAAGAGUAACAACGUUUCUGUAAUAUUUAGAUUCAAAACGUCCUCAAUAAGGCAUCAAGAUGUAGGCCUCUUGUCGUUGAAACCUUGCCCUCGACCCCCUAUAGAGAUAUCACCAGUGCAGUGACAACCAUUAUAUCCAAAUCAUUUAUAGAUGGAUAGUGUGUUUCAAAAAAGUACAAAAGGGAAAAGCAGUCUGCUUGUUUAAGCAUUGGUUUCUUUUUACUGUUGUAUUACUGUACUUGGAUUUUCUGUAAUUCUUAUUUAUGUUGAUAAUUUGUAUCAUAUCCUCCAUUUCCUCGUUAUCGCUGGAGCAUCGCGUGGAGAAUCUUUCUCCCCAGUUAAGUGUUCAUUUUGUUUUGAAAGUCAUACAUUGCCAUUCAAUGCUUUCAAACUGUUGACAAUAUUUUAUUCAAAUAAUAUUUUCUUUGAAAAAGACAAUUUUCCUCUUCAAAUGUAUUUUCUGUUUUCUUUUCAAGUUUGUGUUAUCGAGAAUUUGUCUUGCUCUUGCUGAAAUUCUCUCAAGUUGGUUUGAAGCUGCAUUAGGUUGAAUGGAAUAUCUGUUGCGGCUUUGGAUUUUCCGCAUAUGCUAAUGGUGGUCAAUGGCAUGUACUGUAACUAAAACUGAGAAGUAGUGCAUAGAGUAAAGGAAAAAGUUUCUUUGAGAUUGAUGAUCUUAUGCUAUGUUUACUUUUUACACACUAAGUAACGGCAUUUGGGGUAUAAUACAGACGGGCCUAGUUUAAAAUUUGGUAGAAUUUUUCAUAAAUAUUAAUAAUUACUGUAUUAGUAUUAUUAAUGAGAUCUUUUUUUUUACAAAUAUUAUAUAUAGUAUUGGUUUUGUUCAUGAGCUGCAAUUUAUUUGAAGUUGAAAUGGAAAUUUAAGAAUUUUGUUUGCUGUAUUUGUGCUAUAAUGUGUGUGAAUACACAAUGUAUAUUCGUACAUAUUGUGUGGUAAAAUAUUCAGUUAUUCGCUAUUAAGCUAUUGGUUAAUCAAAAUUCUUAAAGGAGUCUGCAUUUUUUCUCCAAGAUAUUCUGCAGGUUUUGAGUAAUCCCUCAAGUUUGUUUCAUAUUUGUUUUGCUGUAAUAUGUAUUUGUUGCACACUGCCAGAUGUGAUACUGGGCUGACAGUUUUGCAUAGAAUUUUUUAUCUGGUUUAAUUUAUAUCUUAAAAAAAAAAGAUAGAAAGCCAGAUUCUCUCUUGAGGAAUAUCCUAGUCUUAUUUGGAAAGAUAUUUGGAAAGGCAAGGACAGAACCGUCAUAAGCUGCUGUUACAUUAUUGAAAUGUAUGUAGUAUCUAAAGAGAAUUAAUGCAUUUUUAAACAUUUCGUAGUUAUUUUUAUAGCCAACAUUUUCACACUAGACUGUAUUUAUCUCACUUGGCCUGAAUUACACUUAAAACAUUUAUUUUCCUAACAAUGUACAGUACCUUCUGUAAGGAUGAGUUUUCAAAAAAACAAAAAAUAAUGGAUGACAAUACUGAGACUUGUUUCUUUUGCUAUGGCCCUGCCAUAAACAUAUUCUUUUUCACCAGGCUUAGUGCUUUCUUUUUGAUCAUUUUAUCUGCUCCUUCUUCAUCGUUGCUUACAUAACCUUCCCGGUUUGGUGCCUUCUUUUUUUAUAAUUACUUACUUUCAUCGUUGCUUUUUUCUGUGGCGCAUAAGUUAGUCGGUUAGGGACUGUGUAGAAUCUUCCCCAUUUAUGCAAAUUACACACACACACCUGAAGAACCAUUUGGAACUUUUUAAUAAUUAUUUAUUAUUAUUAUUUAUUAUUAUUAUUAUUAUUAUUAUUAUUAUUAUUAUUAUUAUUAUUAUUAUUAUUGUUGUUAUCAUACACAGAUGGGUACAGGAACAUACAACCUCUGACUCCUGUUAGGAGACUUUCCCUUUAAAUAGCUUGUGGUAAGUUUUGUUGAUGCUUUUCAUCUGCUGGCAUUGUUCACUGUCACAUAGGUGAAAUGGUCAAAAGUUAUUUACAUUGAGAGAUGGGAUACUUUGAAAGGCAUGUUCAUCUCAACAGACAGCCAUUAUUUAACUUGGAAGCUGAAGUAAAUAGGAAAUCAUUGAGACAGAAGGGGGUGGGGGGAAAGACGGCAAUAUUCAGUGCUAAGUAUUAUGAUGAUUUAGAAAAUGGAAGAUUAUCAAAUUGUUCUGUGCUGUGAGUGUAACACAUGAUAAAAGCCAUUGAUUUGAAUAUGGCAUCAAAGAUAACACCUUAAUACCAAAAUUACAUGGAAAGUGUAGGUUUUUUCUACAGAUCGAUUUUUCUCGAUCUUUACACCUAAUCCUUUUUUAUCAGAUACUAACUAGAUAUGAAAUCAUCUUUUGAUCAAGUUUCCAAUUGUACCAUGUUAUGUUAGAAUUGUAGUUCAUUGUACUGUGUAUACAUGUACCCAUGCAUGUUCGUUUACCAGCGAACACACACACACACACACGCGCGCGCGCACAUACUACUACUACUACUAUCCACACACAUUGAUUUUACUCCACAAACUUAAUAUACCAAGUAUAUACAGUAUUUGGAUAUGAAAUGAAAGUUUGUAGAAUUGUAGAUGAAAGUGACUUGACUGGUGUGGAUGUUUAUAAAUGGAUAAAUUUGAGACUACAGUCAUUAUUGUAUUGAAUGGUAAUAGAUGAUGUUGGGAGAUAUUAAAGUAACAAUAUGAUACACAAAAAAUAGUUGAAUCAAAAUUUAAAAAAAAAAAAUAUUUCAAGUUGACAUUUGUAAGUUUGAGGAGAAAGAAUUGGUAUUAACCAAAAGAGGAUUAAAGGAAAAUUGAAAACUUUUGUUUCUUUUAAAUUUUAUUUAUUUAUUUCUGUAACAACAUGGCAAUUUAAUGCAAAAUCAAUGAACCAUGAUUUAAAUAAGGACACACUUUUUUCCUGGGUGUUUAAAGGCCGUUUAUUGAGGUACAGACAUAAAAUAAAAAAUUUCUUAUAUACCAUAUAUACUAUAUAUAUAUAUAUAUAUAAUGCUGCUAAAUUCAUCUUGCAGUCACCUUGGUAUGUUGCAGGAGCAUUAAUUUAUUAUUUAAACCAACCUAUAUUGGCUGAAAGUAAGUGGAAGGAGAUUGGACGGUAUCAAUUAUUUUUUUGUAUCUACUGCUCUGCUACUUCGAUUGGAUGGUACAGCAACGGUCUUGCUUCUUGCAGAUCGGUGUCCAAUCCCCAACCCUCCAAGUGGGUGGGUACCAUUCCUUUAUUAUGUCCUUCCCAAAUCCCUAUCCUCGUAUCUUUCCAAGUGCUAUACAGUAUAGUCGUAAUGGCUUAGUGCUUUCUCCUGAUAAUUACUUCAUCUUUUCUAUCCACUGAAGACAAGCUGCUUUCCUUCCAUAUGAAAAUGGUAAAGGAGAAAAAUGGUAGGAGCCAUGAAGAUUCAAACAUAUGCUCUGGGUUCGAGCAACACCUUACACCACUACACUACAAUAUGGUAAAGGCAUUGCAUCCAGGGAUUUAAUUGUCUUCUAGGCUUCCACUGAAGCCUAACCAGGGUUUCACACACUACACCCCAUGCACUCUGGCAUGUAGUCCAGGAAUUCUAUCUCCUAUGCUUCUCUUCAAAUACACAAAGAAAUCACAUCAAAAUAAUGUAUCAAUGAAAAAAUCAAUAGGAGCCAUGAGGAGGAUUCAAACUUAUGCUUUGGGUACUUGCAAGCAGUGCCUUAAACCACUACUCCAUGGCAUGGUAAAGGCAUUACAACCUGAAAUUCAACUGAAUCCUCUAAGAGUUCCUCAGGCUUCCACUGAAGCCUCAUGGCUCCUACUGAUUUUCUCAUUGAUACAUCAUGUUAAUGUGAUUUUUUUUUGUGGAUUUGAAGAGAGGUGUAGGAGAUAGAAUUACUAGACUACAAGUCAGGGUGCAUGGGGGCAUUGUGAAGCCCUGAUUAACCUUUGCACUGCGCACCUCUUACAUGAGCCCCUCUUGAGGUGCGCAUAUAAAAAAAUUGUUCUGAAAACAAAAAAAAUUAUUUGACAUUGUUAAUUUAGCAACUAUAAAUACCAAAAAUCCAAGGAAAGUCUUUAUCUCUUGUGAUUUAGCUGUAGUGGCUUGGAAAAGUUUUUUUUGUUUCUUCGGUAAAUAUGAGGCUAGGUGCUGCACAGGAGUAACUUUGUCAAUUUAUUUUCAAUCUUUCUCAUUUUAUUUUUAUUUUUUUGUUCUAACAAGUUGUAUUAAUGUGUUGUUGAUGGUUUUCAUUAUGUAUAACUUUGAAAAUAUACAUAUGUACAUAUAUAUGUGUAUAAAUAUACGUGCACUAAUUAUUCAUACAAGAAUAUAUAAUUAUUAUUUUUUAUUUUUUUAUUUAUUUUUUAUUUAUUUUUUUAUUUUUUAUUUAUAAGCCUAAAUCUUUUAACUGCACAUAGCACACAGUUUGCCUGUAAAUAUAUUCAUGGUAAUCACUCGCUUGCUGUUGUUGAAAGUUCAAUGGCUUAUAGCUUGUCUGCCCAGCACAUUCAGACACUGGAUGGUGAUGUGCCAGACAUGGUCCUCAUCUUCCUACUAAGGCCCCAGAAGAUAAAAGAACUGGAAUUUUUUUUUCUCUCCCUCCCUCCCCCUCCAAAAUUGGGGGGGGGGGGGGAGAGGAUGGUUACUGGAGGUCUGAGGAAGCAAAUGUAAGCCCCCAUGUAUGCAUGUGAGUUUUAAAUUUUGAUAUGCCUAAAACCAGCCUAGUUGGUCUGCACACCAUCAGUGAAACAUCUGGUUGCAAUGUGCAGUCCCUAGAGGAUUCAGUUGAAUCCCAGAUUGCAAUGCCUUUUACCAUGUUGUGAUACUAAGGCAUUGGUCAGGAGUACCCCACAACAUAGGUUCAAAUCAUCCUCAUAGCUCCUGUUGAUUUUCUCAUUGAUACAUCACGUCAAUGUGAUUUCUUUGUGAAAAUGGGAAAUGGUAGUGGUGGUCAUGAUAAAUGCUUUGUUGCUGAUUUAUCACUACCUUUAAGGGGGAGAAAUCUAGUACAUAGAAGAACCCAGACUUGUUAGGAGAUUCAAUACAUUUUGAAUCCAGAAAUUGGUGAAGACUGGUGUAAUUUGCUUUUUUAUAGCCAUCCAUACAAUAUUUUAAAGUAUCAUAGUAUUUGAGAUAUGGCCAUUUUCAAAAGUUUUCUUCAGAAAUACUGUAUAAAAUGGAUUUUUCUUUUUCCAUUUCUAUCUUAUUUACUUGUUGCAUAUUUGUGAGUGUUACAGAUGCACUACUGUAUAAUACUUUACUAUGCUAAUUAUACACUUAAUGCAAUAUAAGAAGAGGUAGGUGUUUGUAUACUGUGUACACUGUACGCAACAUACAACUAUUUUAAUAUAAAGCAGUCUAAGAAUGCCAAGUGAUACAAGAGUAAACAUAGACAUAAGGAGUGAUUUGCAAACUACAUACCCUAAUUGGGCCAAUGUACUGGAGCAUGGACAUGAAGGUGUGCAAGUACUGUAUGGUCAUUUUUUUUUUUUUUUUUUUUUUUUUAAUUUAAUAUCGGUUAUUUAAGGUGGGUGUUUCAAAUAUCAGUUUGUUUAGGUGAAACAUUUGUAUUAUGAAAAUAUUUACAGAUAAUUGGGAAUUAUAUUAUUUAAAUUACAUUGAGAGGAGGCUAAACAUAGAUUAGUGAUUGCCAUGAGCUAUAAUGUAUCGAGACUCUUAAUAUUGAAAGUCUCACUCGUCCAGUAUCAUUUUCUAUGUAGGACUUUUAACUUACCGUAUUUAUAAUGUAAUUAUUUAACACUUGUAUAAUAGGACCAUAUAAGGCUGGCAAAAGUAUAACAAAAUAAUUAGUAAAUAAUUUGAGUACAAAAUCUUAAAAAAUUAACAAACAACACCAUGUGUAUAGCACUUAUCUUUUCACUUUAUUAUUCAACCAAAUUUUGGAAAGAACUUUAUAAUGUAAAUUGUACCCUUUUUCUGGAACAUUUGGUUGUUUAGAAGCCAGGUACCUCCACACCUUAUGGAAGGCCAGGUACCUCCACACCUUAUGGAAGGCCAGGUACCUCCACACCUUAUGGAAGGCCAGGUACCUCCACACCUUAAGGAAGGCCAGGUACCUCCACACCUUAUGGAAGGCCAGGUACCUCCACACCUUAUGGAAGGCCAGGUACCUCCACACCUUAUGGAAGGCCAGGUACCUCCACACCUUAUGGAAGGCCAGGUACCUCCACACCUUAUGGAAGGCCAGGUACCUCCACACCUUACGGAAGGCCAGGUACCUCCACACCUUACGGAAGGCCAGGUACCUCCACACCUUACGGAAGGCCAGGUACCUCCACACCUUACGGAAGGCCAGGUACCUCCACACCUUACGGAAGGCCAGGUACCUCCACACCUUACGGAAGGCCAGGUACCUCCACACCUUACGGAAGGCCAGGUACCUCCACACCUUACGGAAGGCCAGGUACCUCCACACCUUACGGAAGGCCAGGUACCUCCACACCUUACGGAAGGCCAGGUACCUCCACACCUUACGGAAGGCCAGGUACCUCCACACCUUACGGAAGGCCAGGUACCUCCAUACCACGUGAUAUGGAAUAAGAAGGUAAUGAAGUUCUCAUUGAUAAUUUGCCAGGUUUUAAGUAGUUGACCGUUUGACAUCAAUAGUUUUAUCAUUACUGCAUAUUUUUUUUUUAUUUUGCCUGAAGGCUUCCGAGUAUUUUUUUAUUUUUAUUUUUUUAGUUCCAAAUGUAUAAAUAGGUAUACAUUUGGCAGCAAUCUCUCUUGUCAGUCCUAUUAAUCACUCUGUACCGCAUAAUUGGUUUGCAUAAACAAACAUUCAAAAAAGAUUUUACUUGGAAAAGAAAUGAGUGUCUCAUAGUAAUUUAAAGUAUUUUUCUCAUUGUUACUGUAUAAAAACAUGGAAGUUAUGAGCACCAGUAACAGUUUCUAGUGAGAGCAUUAAAGAAGCCGAAUAAUAGUGUCAAUUUACACUGCUUUUUAUAGUGCUAUGUUAGUGUGUGCAGGGUUAUCUUGCAUUGGGUAAAAGUAACAAAGUAACUGCCACGAAGCCUAAAUAGGCGAGUAUGCAAUGAGGUAUUUAAGUUCUUGUGAAGUGACUGCUACACAGUGUGGUUUUAAAGCUGAUAAAGAUUUAUAAUAGUAUAUAAAUAUUUUUUACAAUUAAGAUAUUGUAUCUCUUUUUCAUUAUAGGGGGGGGGGGGGGUGAGGAGGUUGGGGUAGAGAUGCAUCUUCCCAGAUUUUUGGUGUGAUAAAUGUAAAAAAAUAACCUCAGAUCUGAGGCUCACAAAUGCUAGACCUUAGAAAGUAUGAGAGGUUUAUUAGAUUUUGGAGUGAGAUUAAUAAAGGAACAGAAGCUUGAAGUGAUAGAUUUAUAAGAAAGGAAAGAAUACAGUAUUGUGCAAGAUUUGAAACACAAAGGAAAAUGAUAAUGAAGAAUGGAAUGGAGAAAAUGUUACAAUAACAAGUGGAAUUGAAUGAUAACAAUUAGGAAGGAGCAUGAUCUUAAUAAUCAGAGUAGUAUGGGAGUGGACAAUGAAUGACUAAUUGUAUUGUACUUAAAGUACCUGUGUUUGAAAUUUGAAAGCAUAAAGGUGGUGCACCAUGUUGUAAAGUUGUUCUUCUGGAAGAACCCUUCGGUAGUUCCCUAAGAUUAACUCUGGUAACCACCAAGCCAUAACCCAACACACCAAGCUUCUUGAGUCCUCUGAAGAAUCAACACCAGAACCUGACUCACUUUACGAGGCAAAGGGAACACAGAUCAACCUAGAAAGUGAGAAAA